UUACGUUACGUAGUGCAAGGACAUAUUCAGGGGAGGGGGAGUGACAUUUGUUAAAGUUACCUGGAUUACGUAGCCUCUUACUAUCUUAUCCGUCCUGUUGCUGCUGUAGUUCUGCGGUUAAGAACAAAACCUUUGAGACGAAUGUGAGCAGCUUUCCGUUCGUGGAAGGAACAGAGCAGGAGAUUCGAGCUUCAGGACAGCUGGCAGCACUUUGGGUUCCCUGCUUUGCGGUGGUCUCUGGUGAUGUUCAGCUGGUGACCCCUGACUGGAUGGCUGUGAGCAGAGGAGGGGUGACCCUCUGGAUGGGUUGUAUCUGCAGCCAGAGUAGAAGGAGACCCAUUCAAAGAUGGAGCCGAAGUCUCAGCCAGGUCUUUCACUGGCAGUGGAUAUGUCGGUCAUAUCCACUAAGCAGUGCAGCUUGGGCUCUGGCCCCCCCAAACAGCCUGAGGUAUCAGAAGCCAAGGCAACCGCUGCUGCACCAUCCGCUUCACCACCCGCUGCACCACGCCAGCCAGCAAAGAGACGGCUGCUACGAGGAGGACUGGGAGGAGUCUCACAGCAUGCGUGUGCUCGUGCCACAGGAGAGACUGAAUAGUCGGAACACACUGCUGAAACUUCCUGCCUUCAGUCACAUUCAGCCUGAAGAUGUGAUUACUUUGGAGAAUCCCGGCAGAGAUGCAGCGUUUUCCUUUCAGCUGACCACUGUGGACGGCAGAAGAGAGGAUGACAUCAGCAUUGACAAUGUCCAGAUGGCAGGAACAGACGUUAUUCAGAAAGACUUUAGCUGCUUCACAAACCUGCUGGAAAGAGAGGACUGGGAGCCAUUUAUGUAUGGCUCCCAGUUUUAUUGUUUUUGUUGUCCAAGCACACACAUGGGUGUUGGUGGAUUGAUGAAAUCCUUCCAGAACCAUGGACUGACGAGGACGGAGUUGCUCCUGCUGCCACCGUCCUCUGUGUGUCUGUGCAGCCCGCUGGGCCCCGGGGGGGUGCUGGGGGACGGAGACAGUGAGGAAGAGGAGAAACUGGGCCUGAUGUAUGAAAGGCUCAGGCUAGAGCUUCCAAAUUUCUUUAUGACAAACCACGACUACACCAUGUACUCAAAUGAUGUGGAAUUUAUCAACGGCUUGCUAAACAUGAAGACCAGAGGUCUUACGUGGUACCGACUCACACUGUCCCUGUGGCGCUUCCUGUCCCUGUGCUACUACGCUGAGGCUCGGCUGGAUGUGCUGAAGCUCACCAAGCACAUGGAGGACGGGACCAUCAAGGCUCGCUGGAGGAUCAAGGGCCUUCCCUUUCAUUCUGUUCUGCUGCGCUUCUACCGGAAAGACAAAUCCCACCUCUACAGGUGAUGCCGGCGCAGCCCCCCGUCCUUCCCAGAGUAAAGUCCCUCCUAGCGGGGGCUCUAGUGGCACUGGGAGUGCAAGAACACAGACCUGCUCUCAACCUUCUCCCCCCCAUCCUUUCCUCAUUGCGACAGAGCAAAAAUUGACAGUAGAAAAAUAAGUCAGUAAAAUGAAUGUUUGAUCCUGAAAAUGUCCAUUCACCCUCACCUCUAUAGUGCAUCUUAAAAUGAAACUACAAACAGAUAUGUUUGAUUCAUGCUGCCUCUGUGUUAGAUAAGCAGCCAUGGCUUCUCUCUGCUUCAUUUGUUUCAGUUCAGCUGUCUACUUAAAACCUUCCUUAGUUUUUUGGUUUCAGACAUCACAGGAUUGUCAGUGAUGUCAAUCCUGGGUCAAUCUCUGCUGCCAAAUGUUCUAAUCAGAAAAGCUGCUGUUCUUUCACAACUAUUAAAAGCAUCAGAUUUUAAAGAUUUCUCCAAAUGAAGCUUAGGAAUAAAUGUUUACAUGUUAAAGAUUAGCUAAGCAGCUUCAGAACAAAUUUUCUAUUUGCCAUGAGUAUAGAGUAAUAAAAGAAUGUUGAAUAUUCUCCACUAAAUUACGUCCAAAAGAAUAUUAUUCAGUAAACCCUUCCCAUUUUAGAUGGCUUCUCUGUUUUUUGAAGAUGUUUGCAAAGUGAUUAUUUUGUCCCUUUUUAAAAGUUGUUUUAUCAUUUAAGUCAUCAAAACAUCAAGUUAGUAUAAAUGAUAAGAAAAAGUAAACAAAUGUAAAUGGAUACAUUUACAUUUGAUACAUUACUGUGUGGUUGAAAUUCCUGCCACAUGCUUUGUGUUCAUAUCGCUGCUUGGAAAUAAAUCACAAAUCAUCACAGCUAGAGUCUUUGUUUACCUUACUGACUUUCAAUUGGGUCUCUAGAAGUUAUGGAAAUAGUAGCAGAUUCUGAACACGAAGCUCUGGCUUGAGAAGAAGUCACAUGUUUGGAAAGCAUCGUUUUAUUUGUUAAAUCAUCACAUAUUUCCUAAUCUGCCUGCAGUCUAUGGUGAUGGACCUGUCCUCACACAUUUUGUCUGUAUUGUUUCAGUGAGCACAGCAACUUAGUGGCUAGUUUUUAACAGCCAUCAUAAAACAUAUUUUGUGUGAAGUAUUUUUAGUGAAUUAUUUAACAAAUGGCGUUUUCAUCGCAUUCAGCCUACGAGCUGGUACAACAGCAGUCCAAAUAUGAGUUGAAGUUAUUUGGAAAUAAAAUUUUGAUAUGGAUCAGUGCAGUGGCCAAGACUGCCCCAGUUUCCAAGCCUUUACUGCUGUGUCAAUAAAAGUGAUAAAUUAAUACAUACAUUUGGCAAUGAACAUAUCUUUACAAUAUAAAUUAUUUUGUGCCUCAACUGUAAACCCAGUUUGUGGGUUAAAAGAUAUAUUCCUUCACUUCCUUUUACCUACAUUAAAAGUACACAAAUAAAAUGCACUCAUAAAUGUUCAA